AUGUUAGAGUUUCUUCUUUCACAUGGUGCUAAUGCCAACACCAGAGAUAGAGAAGAUGGCAUCACAUUACUUCAUAUCGCAAGCGAGUGUAAUAAUGUUGAAGCCGCUAAUAUUCUAAUUUCACAUGGUGCAAAUAUAAAUGAUAAUAAAAACGAUAGGAAAUACACUCCUCUUAUGGUUGCAUGUAUAUUUGAUUCUAAAGAAAUUGCUAAACUUCUGAUUUCAAAUGGUGCAAACGUCAAUAUGCAAGAUUAUAUAAGACGUUCUCCACUUCAUGCUGCAGUAUUAUGUAAUGAUACAAAAGCAGAAGAUGCAGAAGAAAAAAAUUCGAAAUUUAAUCGAGACAACAAAGAUUUGAUUGAACUUCUACUUUCAAAUGGUGCAGAUGUCAAUGCAAAGACUGUCGAAGGAUAUCCACCUCUUCAUAUGGCAUCAUAUGCAUCUAAACUUGAAAUUGUUGAAAUGUUAGUUUCUCAUGGUGCCGAAAUCAAUACUUUAAUAGGCAGAAUUUCAGCCCUUGACAUCGCUAUUGGUCGCGAAAAGUCGGAUUAUGAGAAAUUUCUCAAACGACGCAAAGCAGGAAUGAAAUGCCAAGUUUAUCUUGAUUCUUCACAAGAAGCAAAGAAAAUACAGGCUUUUUUAAUAUUGCAUGGAGGAAAAACUAAUAUUGGACAUAAGAACUAA